AUGCCAGAUGUCGACCACAACACGCGUAGAGAGCGUCCAUGGCUCAUUCCAAGUAACAGAAAGGUCCGCCACCUGCAAGCUAUAACCCUGCGCAAUCUCGCCUUGUCCAAUGAACCAAAUCGUCCUCGUCGCGGAACAAUUGACGAUGAUGGCCUUCCUGCAACUAAGAAGUCGCCGGCUAAGAUGCUCGCCUUGCGCGAUGCCCAUACCUCCAUGAACCAUUCGAAAUCCUCCGACGACCUUCGUCCAAUUCAUGAGUCUACCCUGUCUCUAUCACCCACUUCGACCAAAGGACGCACUCCUCCACGUCCAUCUUUGGCCAAAUUACGGAGAAGAAGCACUCUAGAAUGGGCUUCUUCGACCUCGCAACAACGCCAGAGACGUCUCCAAGAUGUCUCUGCGCAAAGAAUGGCCAAUUUAUUUUACUCUCUGCAUAUCCCGAAUCAACAAGAUCCCAUCUAUGUCAGCGAGGUCGCUGAAAAAGCCAUGAAUCCAAAUUUCAGAAACAUCCACCUUGAUUCUCAUGACCCGCAACUUAUGAGACUCGACGAACUGACUCUCAGAUUCUGGGCUAAGAGCGAGACCAUGUCGCAAUACUCCUUGCUAGUCAAUAUGACAUUGAGCAUGCGAUCCCUCCAAUUCAUCGGCAAAAGCCUAUCAAGUUUCCAUCAUCCAUUCCCGCCAAAUUGUGUCGUAUUUCAUCUGACUGAUGGCUUCUAUACUGCCUUUACUGAUGCUCGAGUCGAAGAGCCAUUGGACCCCUUCCGUGACGGACCCGCGAAGACUACCAAUUCUCGCACGUUGCCCACUUCAUCUUUUGACGCCCUUCUGCGUCUCUCCAAGCUCGACGAUAGCGUCCAGGAUGCUCUAACUCUUCGAAAACAGCUUGCCUCGGAACUCGAGCAGACUUUGCAAAAUCACAAGACAUCUCUGAGCGAGAAGACCCAGCUCGCAGAAACGACUGACUUUCUCAAGACGAUUGACUUCGCCACUGCAACCGUAAAGAAGCAGCUGAAAACGUUAGAACAGAAAUGCGACCAAAAGCGCAAAGCCCUACAAAAUCGCAGAGAUUUGCUUGCUCGCGACUCUGCAUUACGAAAAGAGAUCUUGACCGAAGUAGAAGCCGGAAAGGACAUUUUAUCGGAUCUUUCCUCUCAGCAUACUGCCAUAAAAGCAUCCAUCACCCAGCAACGACGACGCGUAACCCACGACCUCUCCAAGAUUUAUCCUAUAAAACCUCUCCCUGACCAAAGUCUGGCUUUCGAGAUCCGCGGCAUGCACCUUCCAAACUCGGAAGCUUUGGACGCAGCAUCACCUGAAUCUCUAGCCGCAUCUCUCGGCCACGUCAGCCAUGUAAUCCAACUCCUCUCCCUCUACCUAGGAGCCGUCCUCCCCUACCCCUGCCAACCUCGCAGCAGCACAUCAACCAUCCUCGACCCAAUAUCCAUCCUUACUUCCCCUGCUACCACCACCUCCAAGUCAUCCUCCACAUCUUCUCAACACGAAAUAGCCGCUCGCACUUUCCCAUUGUUCGCAAAAGGCGCUGUACGCUUCCGCUUCGAAUACGGUGUCUUCUUGCUGAAUAAGAAUAUCGAGAUUUUGUUGAGUACGCACUUUGGGGUCAGAGUCUUGGAUAUCAGACAGACUUUGCCGAAUCUGUUAUAUGUGUUUUAUUGCGCAACGGCGGGGGAUGAAGAGUUGCCGGCGAGAAAGGCUGGUGGUGUCAGAGGGUUGAUGAGGAUGAGAGGGCGUGGAAGUGGUGUUGAUUGA